AUGGCAAUCGUCAAGGUGAAGUUGAUUCUUAUCAGGUUGAAGAAAUGUUGGGCAGAUCGAUGUGGGUCAGCCACAGGAGAGCAAGCUACCGUGGCACAGUGUUUGGGAAUCUUUGUGAUUUGGGUUGGCGCGUCCAUGUUUCUACAACUGGACCCUGUCAUUGGAGAUCAGCAGCUGUCUGAGGACUACUGCAUUCCUCCUGAAGAAAAGAAAGACACUGCUUCUGGUGCAGAAACCAAAGAUAUGAAAUGUGUUUUCCCGUUCAUCUAGGGGCAUAAAAUUUUUGACUGCACAUCCCAUGAUUCCAUAUUCCUUUGGUGUUCUCUCAAUGAAGACUAUACAGGGAGACGGAAAUCCUGUACUAAGACAGACUACGCUAAAUGUGUCUUUCCCUUUAUCUAUGGAAACAAGUCUUAUCAGACUUGCACAAAAACUGGGAGUGUCACUAAAAGAUAUUGGUGCUCACUCUCUCCAAACUUCGACGAGGAUAGAGCUUGGAAGUAUUGCUAG